CGCGCUACGGGUUAACGCGCACUCAAGCUCGUGAUUGGCUGCGGGAGCGGCGCUUUUAGAGAGAGGUAACCAGGCAACUUCAGCUGGAGCAUCGGAGAGAAAGAACAGGGUAAAGGGAAAAGAAGCGCAAAAAUCCCAUCAGUUUUGGUGUGCGAUAGAAAGGAUGUAGUCCAGGUCUGUGGCUGUCAGUCCCCGGCAUGGGAAAGUGGAUUACUGCUCUUCUACAGACGGCAGAGACUGGAUACGGAGUGAUUGCGCGUGGAUUUUUAUCAUGAGAAGUAUGGGAUCUGAACGCACCAGUUUAAAGCCCUUGCUGGGAGUGAAUGAGAUGCCGUGUCGAGGCUAGAGGCAGCGGUGGACUGUUCCCGAGUCAGUGGAAAGCCCCUCUAGAUGAGCCAGUCACAGCCACCCAGCUGCACGGUAAAGGACUAAGGAUUUAAUAUGUCAACAGAGGCCGAGCUCCAGCCUGCUGCCAGACCCAGCGUCAGAAAGGACUCCAAGAAGAGAGGGCAGGACCGCAGUGAAGCAGCUCUGAUAAAGCGUUUUAAGGGGGAUGGUGUUCGCUACAAGGCCAAGCUCAUCGGGAUAGAUGAUGUCACUGCCGCAAGAGGGGACAAACUCUGUCAGGACUCAAUGAUGAAACUCAAGGGAAUCGCAGCCUCUGCACGGUCUAAAGGAGAACACAAACAGAAAGUUUUUCUCACUGUGUCCUUUGGAGGGAUCAAGAUCUUCGAUGAGAAGUCAGGGGUUCUUCAGCACCACCAUGCAGUUCAUGAGAUUUCCUACAUUGCAAAGGAUAUCACAGACCAUCGAGCCUUUGGUUAUGUAUGUGGGAAAGAGGGAAACCAUCGGUUUGUGGCCAUCAAAACGGCUCAGUCUGCUGAGCCUGUGAUCCUUGACCUCCGUGACCUUUUCCAGCUGAUUUAUGAGAUAAAGCAGAGGGAAGAAAUCGAGAAGAAAGCUCAGAAGGAUAAGCAGUGCGAACAAGCUGUUUAUCAGACCAUUUUGGAGGAAGAUGUGGAGGAUCCCGUGUAUCAGUACAUUGUAUUUGAGGCGGGACACGAGCCCAUCCGUGACCAAUCAGAGGAGAGCAUAUAUCAGGUCCCUACCAGCCAACAAAAGGAGGGAGUUUAUGACGUCCCAAAGCGACAUCCAAACAAACAUAAAGAACAAGUCGAUCUCUUGGAUUUAGACACUGACCUGUUGCUGGUCACCCAGAAUAUCAACCAGUUAGAGCUUUUUGGAGACAUGUCCACCCCUCCUGAUAUCACGUCUCCCUCGACCCCAGCGUCUCCGGCUAAUACUCUGGACCCCACGCUGGCCCACCAGACUCCAUCCGAACUGUUCACCCCCUUCAACCCCACCUCUGUACCCUCAGGUUACGUGACGAUGGGAGCCGUGCCGCCUGCUUGGGCGCAGCAACAGUUCGCCGCUCAGGCUCCAUUAGCAUUUGGCGUCCAAUCCCCAGUCCCCGUCGCUCAGGUCUUACCGGGCGCUCAGCCUCUGAUCUGGGGUCAAGCCAACCUUUUCCCUGCCACCCAGCAACAGUGGGCUGCUAUGGCAGGAGCUCACUUUUCGCCUGCCGCUUUCAUGCCUGCCCAGACAGUAGGGCCGCUUCCUGCUGCCAUGUUUCAGACACUGGCUCCCAUGGCAAUGCCCGCGUCCUGUGAGACAGCAGUGGCGGCCAUGGGUGGAGCCAUGGCGGGAACCUCAGCCUCCACAGCCUCCAGUCCACAGCACGGAGAACGCACGCUGCAGAGACAGGCAAAGAUGAGCAAGGAGAUGUUUAAGGACUUCCAGAUGGCAAAGCCGCCCAGCAUGCCUGCCAGGAAGAGUGAGCAGCCUAGCCUGUCCUGCACCACAGACGCUUUCACCAGCUACUUCAGCAGAGUGGGAAUGGCCCAGGACACGGAUGACUGCGACGACUUCGACAUCUCGCAGAUGAACCUCACGCCCGUCACUUCCACCACGCCCUCCACCAACUCACCACCCACCCCGGCCCCCCGGCAGAGUUCUCCAUCAAAGUCCUCAUCCCACGCCAGUGACCCGCCAACCGAUGACUCUUUUGGUGAGGCCGAGGGCAGCCCUAGUCGGAGCGGAGAGGAGGAUGCUGCUGGGGACUCCCAGCAGUCUCCGGGUGCGAGUGAGCCUCAAGCAGAGCCUGAGAGCUCAGAGACGGACAGUCCUCAGGUCGGUAGCUAAAUAGCGGCAGGUCAGGGGGAAAGACCCUCUUUAUGCCCAGAUCAACAAGGGGAAGAAGUGAAGGAUCAUGGGAACUCUGCACAGACGUGAUCAGCGCUGGGGGGAGCAGGAGACCAAAAUACUGGAGAUCAAUUUUCCUGCCCUGUGUGUGUGUGUUGUUUGAGUGAGUGUGCAUUCAUCCAUGUGUAUGCGUAGUGAGAUUGUGUGCCUGUGUGAUUGUAUGAAUGCGGUCACUCCAGCCUCAAUGGUCCACUUCUCCAAGCAGCCAUCCCUCUAGAGUCAGAUCCCGUCGCCCUCACGACUUCCUCCGUUACUCCCCUCCUCAAGGAACGAGAAAGACAGACUCUCUCCAUACCAUUUUGUUUCUUUCUCACUGUGUUUUCUGCACGUGACAGCGAGGCAUUGUGAGUGAUAUCAAGCCUUAUGAGCCCAGCCCUGCAGCUUCAUUCAUUCUCUUCGUCCUACUUCCAGUUUCUGACUCUCUCUAGAGACCACAUUACGGGAAACUGUCGGACCCCUGAUCACGCAUCCGACCGAGCACCAUCAGACCGCCAAGAUCAAUCUGUGACUUAUGCGAUUCAUCCAUUUGGGUUCGUUUGGUUUUUCCUCUCCCACGUAUUUGAGAUUCUGCUGCUAGAAAGCUAUGCAGAGCUAAAAUAAACAACACUUUCUCUCUCCGUGGACACAUGGAGAACUGACACGAGGAGAGAUUUCGGAGCAGCUGAAUCUGACUGGAGGACUCGAGGGUACGGACGUUGCAGAAACAUGUGAUCAAACAGUUCCUUCUCUAUAGCUUUUGUACAAUACUUAUGAGACAAAAAAACAACAACAUGUCGUUGAAAUGGGAUUUUUAUUUUAUAAGUCAAGUGGUUCCUCGAAAUCAACUUUAGAUGUGUUUUAGGGGUAAACAUGGCUUUAAAAUCUGAUCGUUGGUUUGCCAAACUCAUUUUGUAAAUAAUAAUAAUAAUUAUUAUUAUUCCUAAUAAUAAUGACGACAAUGACGAUGAUGACGACAAAUAAUAAUGAUGAUAAUAAUAAAGGUUCCGGUUCUAACAGUGUUCAUUCCAUCCUGUGGACUUCCGUGCCAUAAAAUAGGCUGGCCUUAGUGAUGCAAACAUCUCAUGAAACCCAAGCAAUAUUAACAUGUGUCCCCCGAACUCCCAGCGCAGUCAAAGCUUGUCGUCAGUCUUUUGAUUUCAGCCGGAUGUGUGUUUUUAAAGUGGCCUGAAACAAACCCGAGAGACUGUUAUUAUGUUUUUAAUGGCUGAGAGCGUCCAUUGGUAAAUAGUUGGUGUCAAAUUUGUGUGAUCUCUUUUGGUUUGUUGUCAAGAUGAUGAAGCUGGUAACUGUGAUGGAGGAAGACGAGAGCUUCUCAACGCGUGUGUGUGUGUGUGUGUUUGUGUGUGUUAAUGCAGCGAUCACAAUUACGCAUGUACACGAUCACAUACACAUACAUAUUCAUGCAGACACACUUUCACCUUAAAGUCAAUAUGAUAUCAAAAUGGGACCCGUUUCCUUUUUAAUACACCUUUCUAGUCCAAAGAAACUUCCAUUUUGAUUAACAUAACCUGAAAUGCGAGAAAUCUAGCUCCAAUCUGACAUGUAACGCCCACUUUUCACAAUUCACUCCCAAUGUGAAGUCCUGCCCUGAUGUAUCCAGUUGAAUAUGUCACAUUAAGACUAAAAUGGGUUGCGAAGGCCAUUUCAUGUUGACUUUUGGGCCGUCUGAUCGCAUUAAAACACACCAGAAUAUCUGUCUGUAAUCCAACCUCCAAAUCAGAGAAAAUCAGCAUGAAUGACAUCUGUUUUCAUUGCAUCUGAAAAGCCCAGAGCAUUCCAUUACUGUGACGACAACUUCCUCCUAUUUUAUGGCCAGAGUCCCAUUUUAAUUUCAAAUAAAAGCCGUUUUGGACCUUCAAGAUCAAAAUUUUGAGGAUUAAGAUGAUGAAGGUGAAAAUCAAGGUGAAUGGGAGUCCAAUUUCAGUAUGUUUCUAUUUUGCCUUUACCUCAGCUAAUGGUUUGGUAAUUUAAAAGGACACAUUAUUUUUAUCUUGAUGAUAAUGAUAUUCUACAGUGGAUUUUUAGAGCAUUUUUUUUUCUCUUGAUUUAUGUAACCCACCAUGUAAUACUGUUACCAAUAAACACAUCCCAAAAUGUU